AUGGAGAAAUACGAGAUUAUCAAUCAAGUUGGCCAAGGCACCUAUGGAGUUGUAUAUAAGGCGCGGCUCCACUGUUCUAAGGAGGGCUCGAGGUCUACGUCUGUCGAGGAGGACUAUGUUGCUAUCAAGAAGUUCCGAAAGCCGGAGGGGAAGGAGAGUAGCGUUGAGAGGACGGCUGCACGCGAAACCCGUCUCCUGUCCGAACUCAGUCACCCCAACAUCGUCGAGUUGCUGGAAGUCGUCCGCACUGACGAAGGAAAUCUCUAUCUUGUUUUUGAGUUUGCCCCCAACACCUUGCUUGAUGUGAUAGAACACUCUGCUGGUGCCGCCACUACUACUCGGACACCGUCGUCUGGUUGUGAGCUCUCCAAAGAGGCAGCACGAGGCAUCGGCCUCGAUAUGACUCUUACCAUAAGCCUGCAGCUGGUAUCAGCCCUCGGGUAUAUACAUUCUCGAGGCGUUAUCCAUCGGGAUGUGAAGCCAGAGAACAUCCUUCUCACUGGAAAGCGGCGGGACGUUGUGAAGUUAUGCGACUUUGGUUUCGCUCGAUACUUGCACGAAGAUGAUGGUGAGACUCCGUAUGUGUCCACCCGAUGGUAUAGGGCCCCGGAGCUCUUGGUGGGAGGCUAUGAGCAGUCGAUAGACAUCUGGGCUCUUGGCUGUGUCGUUGCUGAGUGUGACACGGGUGAGCCGGCAUUCAGUGGUGACUCGGACGUGGCUACACUCAAGCUAAUCAACGAUGCAUUACCAGUUCCUCAACCCCCAACCACAAGGCGCGGCAUCCGGUCUGGCCACGACUUGAGCACCCCACAAUUCAUAAUGGACAGAUACAGCCCGAGGUUGCAUGCCUUCCUGAGCGGUUGUCUCAAGCACAGCCCUAGUGAGAGGUUAACAUGUCGAGAUUUGGUCACACUGCUGGGCCCUCCCUCUGAUGGUGGUCACUCGUGGCCAUUGCGGGACUUGAAACGAAAGCGAUCCGAAAAAUUGUCACUUUGUGAAGGUGGCUGCUCCUCCCCUGAUAGUGUUUUGGAGGCUCCCAAGCGACGUCGUGGUGACUGUGUGACAGGUGGCUGGCUAAGGUCGACUUCAGGUUCAGGAAGCGGGCCCUCUACCAGUGCAUCUGGCUCUUCACUGGCCACUCCCAAGUUGACCCAUCAUAAGCCUCUAUGUGAUUGUCAACAGCAUCGUCUGUCCGUUCUCUGCUCACAUCCUAUGGAGCCUUAA